AUGAGCUGUUGCACGUUAAACGAGAUUGGAAUGGGAGUGCCGACAGCUUGGCUAGUGCGGCGCUGCAGCAAUAAUGCGGGAUCGUGGUCGAGUUGUGAGAAAGAUAUCCGGGAUCUAGUGACCUUGAACCGGUUGGAUGGGAUCCUGGUAGUGAAGAUCGAAGAUGAGACUGCACGUAUAUCGGCUGUGACGGCCCGGUUUAAAGCUAGAUCUGGAGUGCGGACGGGGUCUGAUCCAGACGCAUUGCAUGAGGAAGUUGCGAGAGAACUGCGGAUCGAGCGGAUCCGGCAAGCACAGGAUGAGGAACCGUGGAUCUCAGGCCUGAAGAAGUAUUUGGUUGGAGAAAUCAGAGAUCUGACACAGGAAGACGCUAAGGUAUUUGGAUCAGUUGCCGUGAAUUAUGAAGUGGAUCAGUCGGACCUACUCUUCUACUGUCCGACAACCAAAGAAUCCGCUGGGGAUCGAGACAAGUUGAUGCGAUUGGAGGUUUCUGAGACGCUUCAGCAGCAAGAUAUUCUGCAUCACUAUCAUACGAGUCUGCAAGGUGGUCAUCAAGGAAUUGGUCGGACCUAUGAUCGGAUCCGCGAUCAUUUCCACUGGGGAGGGUUAUGCAAGAGCGUAUACCGAUAUGUGGGAGAAUGUGUCGAUUGUGAAACAAGCAAGGAUGACCUCGGAUCCAGGAUGAGUCACCUGGGAACAUACCCGUUCCUGAUCAUCGCCAUAUAUCACAUACCUUCACUGCCCAGAUCUUUCAAUGGCAACACUGAGCCGUUGAUUUCCGUGGAUCUUUUCUCUGCAUACGUGAUGGCCAACGCCAGCGUCUCUAGAUCUGCACAGACGAUCGCGGAGACUUACGAAGAAUGUGUUUUCCGCAGAUUUGGUGCGAGCGAGGUGAUCCGGCGUGAUCAAGAGCCAGGUUUAAUGUCUGACUUCUUCAAGUAUAUCAACAAGAUCUUGUGUCAACGUCAACGCGCUACUAUGGUUUAUCGACCUCAAGCUAAUGGAUCUGCAGAGCCGAUGGUCCAGACAACUACAAGAGGUCUGGAUCAACGUGAUUGGGACGAAUAUGCGGAACGACUCACCUUCGCAAUCAACACCACAAGAGAUCGGAUCCGGGGUGAAACCCCUUUCUACAUGAUACAUGGCUGGGAUCCUAGAUCUACUAUGGAAGCGGUGGUCCCGGUGGGAACACUCGCGGGCACGAUCGAGAUCCAAGAAGGUGGCAAUAUCAGAUGCAAAAGUAUUACCAACAGACUCGAGAACAAGUUAAUCUAUUACGCCUACAUCCAGCGCAGGCUGGAUCAAGAGUCUGGUUAUACUUGGAUCGAGUGCGUGAAGGAUAUGCAAGGAAACUGGCACAGGCCAUUUCACAUCGCGGAGAAGAUCGGAGGAUAUGCAAUGAAGUUGGAGAUUACAGAAUCAACUCACAGCAUCUUUCCUGUGGUACAUGUCUCGAAUAUCAAACCUGUCAGGAUGUUCCCAGAUCGACCUCUCGCCUACCGGAGUCGGAUGCAGAUCAAGUGGAUUUUGAUGAAGCCAUUUUACCUGAAGACAGGUGAACCCAAGAUCGAGAUCCAGAUGAAUAUGAAGUGGAUCGAAUUUCCGAUAUGA